UUCAGAGAAACAGAAAUGUUUUUCAUAAAAUUGUGUUUUAUUAUUUUUAUCGAGAAAUGCUUUGAAAGCUUAAUAUUUGCAGCUUACAAUCCAAUGCUAACUUAUACAAUACGAUUUCAUAAACUUUCAUUUCACCACAACUGUUCUGGAAAUUAUACAAUCGACAAAUAUAGAGAAAAGGAAUUCGUUAACGGAAAUAUUGUACUUGAAUCAUCAGAAAUAGUAGACAAGGUUGUUGUAGUAUUUCUACGUUGUAAUCCAGAAGGCGUGAACUGUGAAUAUUUCCAAUCAUGGUCAUUAACCGAUCUUUGUUCUAAAUUAAUAGACAAAAAACAAAUAUGGUCCAGUUGGUAUGGAACAUUUGAUCCACAACCAAUUUGUCCAAUAAAAAAAGUGAAUUCUGCUAUAAGAAAUGGAACUAUUGAAAUAGGUCCAGCGAUUCGAUGGUAUCCAGAGUGUAUUAACUAUCAAUGGAAAGUAACACAAAAGUUUUAUGCUGAUGAACGUUACGUAGGUAGUUACACGUUUGAAGUAUCAGUGUUUGGCUACAGGAAAAGAAACAUAAAACAAUCAAAACAAUAAAAUAUAAUUCA